AUGAAGGCAUCAGGUUUAUUCAUAUUAUCAACUUUAUUGACUUCCUACGUAUCAAAUGCAUUGGUUAUUCCAAAUUUUGAAAACUUAGAAACUGUAUUUGCUUUAAACAAGGAACAAGAAGAAUUUACUGCUCCCGAUAUCAACAAUUUAGAUACUUAUUCGUUAUGGCCACAUCUACCUUAUUUCAUGAAACCUAUGGUUGAUACUGAUAAAUUACAAGAAAAAAUCACUACUGAGCAGCUUAACAGUAGUGCUUGGGAUCUAUACAACAUUUCCAAAAAGUCAAUUGGAAAGUACGGUCAUCCAACAAGAGUCAUUGGAUCUCCAGGUCAUUGGGCUUCCAUUAACUACAUUUUGAGUGUUUUAAAUAAACAUAGGGAUUACUAUGAUGUUUCUUUACAAGAAUUCGAUGCUAUCAGUGGCAAAGUAAAAUCCUUCGAAUUAAACUAUGAGGAUGGAUCCAAAGUUCCAACAGCUAAACCUUUUUCUUUAACUCCCCCUGUUAAAGAAUUCACCGGGGAAUUGGUUCAUAUUCCAAAUUUGGGAUGUGACGAUGCCGAUUUUGUUUCUGAUAUUCACGGAGGAAAAGGUGCUAAAAUUGCUUUAGUCUCUAGAGGGCAAUGUCCAUUUGGUGAUAAAAGUCAAUUAGCUGGUAAGCAUGGUUUUAAAGCCGUUGUGAUAUACGAUAAUGUUGAGGAAGAUGAUGGUUUAAACGGUACUUUAGGUAGUCCAAAUAACCACACAGUUGCUACCAUCGGUGUUUCUAAAAAGGUUGGUGAAAAAUUGAUUGCCUCUAUUGCCGCAAGCAAAAAUAAUUAUUCUUUAACUUUUGCUGUUGACUCUUAUGUCGAUACCAUCAAGACCAAGAAUGUGAUUGCUGACACCAAACAUGGUGAUCCAGAUAAUAUUAUUGCUUUAGGUGCUCACAGUGAUGGUGUUGAAGCUGGUCCUGGUAUUAAUGAUGACGGUUCUGGUACCAUAUCCUUAUUGACCGUAGCUGAACAUUUGACUUCUUUUAAGAUUAAAAAUAAGGUGCGUUUUGCCUGGUGGAGUGCUGAAGAAGAGGGCUUGCUGGGCUCUACUUAUUAUGUUGAUCAAUUGACACCUGAAGAAAAUUCUAAGCUUAGAUUAUUCAUGGAUUAUGAUAUGAUGGCUUCUCCAAAUUACCAGUAUCAGGUUUAUGACGCUAAUAAUAAGGUAAACCCUAAUGGUAGUGAGGAACUGAAGAAUUUAUACAUUGACUAUUAUACUUCACAUGGUUUAAAUUAUUCUUUGAUUCCAUUUGAUGGUAGAUCGGAUUAUGUUGCCUUCAUCGAAAAUGGCAUUCCAGGUGGUGGUAUUGCUACUGGAGCUGAGGGUGUAAACACUGACAAUGGUAAGAUUUUAGAUAAAUGUUACCAUUCUCUGUGUGAUGAUGUCUCAAAUCUAGCCUUUGAUGCUUUCUUAACUAAUACAAAGCUAAUUGCACAUUCUAUUGCCACUUAUGCCAGAUCUUUGGAUGGUUUCCCAGAAAGAGAAAUUAAUAAUGAGACUAUCGCCAGUUUAAGUGCUGUCAACCAUCAAUCACAGUUCAAGUAUAGAGGGCCAUCUAUGGUUAUGUAA